AUGUCAGCACAAAGCAUCGUCCCUGAAAACGUCGAUCCGUUCGCGUACUGGCCUGAUACUUCAUCGCCAACGGAGAACUUCCUGCAUCUUUCUCCGCCACCGAAAUACGAUGAUUCUCUACCAUGUCGCAAACUACGAAUUGUUUAUGUUGGAGCUGGAAUUGGUGGAAUUUCCUUCGUGUUGAUGGCGAGAUAUCGAUUAAAGAAUGUCGAUUGGGUUGUUUAUGAAAAGAAUUCGACGUUUGGAGGGACUUGGUGGGAAAAUAAGUAUCCUGGCUGCCGCUGCGACGUCCCAUCCCACUACUACUCCUUCCGCUUCAUGCCUAACGAUUGGGUAAACGGCUAUGCCACAUCUGACGAAAUCCAGGACUACAUUUCUCAAGUAGUCCGCAAAUUCAAUGUCGAAAAGGACAUUACAUUUAACGCCACAGUCUUAUCUGCUACAUGGAUUGAUGAACGCUCACAGUGGUUUAUUAAAACGGAUGUUGGUGGUGUUGUGAAGGAGGAGUAUGCGGAUGUGUUUGUGAAUAAUCAAGGCUUUUUGAAUCGGCCAAAGAUGCCUGAUAUUGAGGGUGUCGACUCAUACGCAGGAAAAAUGCUUCAUACCGCGAGAUGGGACCGCUCGUACGAUUGUGCUGGCAAGGAUAUCGCCAUCAUUGGCACCGGUUCUUCUGGAUUACAAGUUAUAACGGCUCUGGCACCCGUCGUCAAGAAGCUGACAGUGUAUAUGCGUACACCGAGCUGGAUUUCUCGAUAUCUGGUACAAGAGGUUCUGCCAGAAUCAGAACGCACGAAAUAUCGAGACCCUGUAUUCUACCGCUCGUACUGGAAACGAGCUUGGAUUGGCGGUGAAAAGGCAUGGGACUCCAAAUGGCAAAACAGUGAAACACAGCUCAAAUUCCAAGAAUUGGUGAAAAGGAGACUGGACAGUAUGGUCAAAGAUCCAGUGCUGAAGGAGAAGUUGACGCCGAAAUAUGCUUUCGGGUGUCGGAGAGUGACGCCAAGUGGGGAUGCGAGAGGGUUUUAUUACGCUGUACAACUCCCACAUGUAGAAAUAGUCACGUCGCCAAUCGACCGCAUCACUCCAGAAGGUGUGGUAUCAGUAGGCACACUUCGUAAAUCUGAAGCCCUGAUUCUCGCCACUGGAUUCGAGAACACAUUCAUCCCCCACAUCCAAAUAACCGGCCUCGCCAACACAACAAUCCAAGAAAAAUGGAAGUCCGGAAUCGCAAAAGGAUAUAAAUCAAUUGCUGUCAGCGGUUUCCCAAACUAUUUCCACGUCAUGUCUGUCAACUCAACAGCAUCAGCAAACUCCAUUCACAUCCAUUUGGAGCAGGCUAUUAACUACGUGCUGCAGAUUGUUGUGUUUUUGCAGCAGCAUAGUGAAGUGAGGUAUGUGCAUCCGAGACAGGAUGUGCAGGAUAAGUGGAAUGAGGAGGCGCAGGAGACGUUGGCGAGGACGGUCUGGGGGCCGAAUCAGAAUUGUAACGGAUGGUAUCGACGAGUGGAUCCAACAACCGGCAAACUGGUCGUAACAGCUCACUGGCCAGGACCAGGAAACAGUUACCAGGACGCUCUAUUCAAGCCCGAUUUUAGUGAAUACCACGUCGUCAAGAGUGAUUCUGUAAGCGGCAUCGCUCGUCUGUAA